UCCUACUCACAAAAACACUACUAGAACAAUAAAACACUAGUGCGUAAAAGCCGGAAGUGUCUAUCUCUGUCUCUCCUCCGGCCGGGAUUUAAAAUGUCCAAAACAAAAACUAUAGUUUGGCCUAAAUUGGUUUUAUUUGGUGACUCUAUCACCCAGGUUUCUUUUCAACCUAAUGGCUGGGGUUCCGAAAUGGCCAACAAACUUGCUCGAAAGUGUGACGUGGUGAACAGAGGACUGUCAGGGUACAACUCCAGAUGGGGCAAGAUUCUCCUGCCUCGGCUCUUCCCCAAUAAACCCUCAGAGAACAUAGUGGGCGUUACUGUCUUCUUUGGGGCCAACGACUGCGCUCUUGAGGAGAUGAAAGCCAAGCAGCAUGUCCCUUUAGAUGAGUACUCUGAUAACCUGAAGGAGAUUGCAAAAUACCUGGCCGCAUUGGGAGUGUCUUCAGACCGGGUCGUCUUCAUCACUCCCCCUCCUCUUCACGAGGCCACCUGGGAGAAGCAGUGCCAGCUUAAAGGGUUCCCUCUGAAUCGCCACAACGCGGUGGCAGGGCGGUAUGCCCAGGCCUGUGUGGAGGCAGCGGGCCAGUGUGGGGUGACAGUCCUGGAUCUCUGGACCCUCAUGCAGAAAGAUGGACAGGACUACACGGUGUACCUGUCUGACGGACUGCACCUCUCUGAAAAGGGGAACCAGUUUGUGUCGGAGCAUCUGUGGGGUCUGCUGGAGGCCCGCUUGGACAGCCUGCCCUUCAUCCUGCCCUACUGGGGGGAUGUGGACACCCAGGACCCUGAGAGCAGCCUGCUCUCUGACUAGAAGACCUGGAAGACCCCGGACCUGCCAGCCUGCUCCGUGACUAAAAACCUGGAAGACCCAGGACCUCAAGUCUAUUGUGACUAGCCUGGUGAUGAGCAUUUCAGCAUUUAUUUUAUGGGUAAGAUAUAUAGAUAUAUAUAUAUAGAUAUAUAGAUAUAGAUAUAGAUAUAGAUAGAUAUAGAUAGAUAGAUAUAAAAAAAUGAUCGUAAUGUGAUUUGUUA